AUGAAGUUCCUCUUUGCAACUACAUUACUCUUGGCUUCGGUCAUGGCCAUGCCUAGUCAACUUGCAGCCGCGCCUGAUGCUACUACUGAGAUAGCAGCUGAUACCGUUACAGGUGUUCAAGGAGCUAGAAGCAGGCCUCAAAAUGACCUGGGCAAGAGAGACCUCGUGAAAGAGAGUAGAGAAGCGGCGAAUGAAAUCUGUUCAGGAAUAUAUGCGUACUUUCACAGCUUGGAUUUGCGUACCAUGAAAAACAAGACUGAUCAUUGGGGAUUUGAACAGGAUAUUGCUCCGAUACCCUCAAGUGCUGCGAAGGCCGUAUCUGCACACGUUGCGUAG